GAUGAUAUCGUGAUUCCCAUUAUGGGCUUGACCGGGGUCGGGAAAAGCACAUUCAUUUCCCACUUUUCCAACACAGCCGUGGUUGGCCACGGCCUUGCAUCAUGCACCUCCACGAUAAGCAUCCACGCCGCGACUCUCGACGACCAAACGAUAUACCUCAUCGACACGCCCGGCUUCGACGACACCACUCGCUCUGACACUGCCAUCCUACACGAAGUAGCGAAAUGGCUCAAGGCAUCCUACGACGCAGACAUCCAACUGGCCGGCAUCGUGUACCUCCAUCGAAUCGAAGACAACCGUGUCGGCGGUGCAGGGACGACGAAUCUCCGCAUGUUUCGGGAACUUUGUGGAGAUGAGGGGUUGGCUUGUGUAGUGUUGGCGACGACGAUGUGGCCUCGCGAUCCGAUGAUGGCUCCGCCGGAAGAGGAGGAGGACGGAGAACGAGAGAAAGAACUCAUUACCCAACCCGAGUUCUGGGGCGGCCUAGUGGAGCAAGGCUGCCAGGUUUGGAGACAGGACAACGGCCUCGCAUCAGCAGAGCGCAUUCUGCAGCACAUAGUCGCCCAACGACGACGUACAACACUCCAAAUCCAAGAGGAAGUGGCGAGUGGGGUUCCCGUGAGGGAAACGGGUGCCGGCAAAGUUCUGAAAGAAGACUUUGAGAGACUACAGCGUCAAAUGAAGGCCAUGACGCUCGAGAUGGAAGUGCUUCGGGCGGAACUGGCAUUGCAGCGACAAGCCGCUGCCAGGGAAAGGGCGGCGUGGGAAACGGUGGUCCAAGAGGAACGGAAGGAGCGGGAGGACGAGAGGGAGCGGAGAAGGAAGGAGCGGGAGGCGGAAGAGGCUGCUCUGAAAGUGAUCACGGCGCUGGAAGAUAAAGUGAGGAACCUGCAGGAGCAGGUGGAGGAGACGGACCGGCGACAGAAACGAACGAGCGCAGAUUUCGAGAAGAUGAAUGAGAAAUGGGGGAGCGAGGGGCGGGGGUGGUGUGUUGUGAUGUAG